CUGGAUCAAUAUCAAUCAGCUCCUGUGAUGACUCCGCCAUGUCCCACCGAAAACUCCAAUUCUUCGGCACGUGUCUGCACAACUAGACUAGCCUACUUCUACUGCUAACCUACUUCUACUUCUUCAGCAGCACACAUGUAACCUGUGACAGCGCUGAGAUUUGCAGAUGAAGGCAGUCUAGCUCCCAACCUGCACUGCCUAGGAGGAGCUCCACUCUGAGACCAGCGAGACGAGAGGAAGAGCUUUUGGACACGGUAGCAGGGGAUAGACUUCUGGGUACUGAGCUUUUGCUGACCGCCAGAUAGGAUGGAGGCCCCGCUGGUGUGCCUGGACGAGGAUUAUGACGACCUGCGGCCGUGCCGCCUGGAGGACCUGGAGUCGAGCCCCGUACGGCGGCCGUUCGGCAGCAGCUCCAACAUCACCACCAUGCCCCUGAAGCCGCUCGCCCGCGAGGACUUCUCCGAGCUGGAGAACUUCUCCGAGAUGAUGAGCUUCAAGUCCAUGGAGGACCUGGUGAACGAGUUCGACGAGAAGCUCAACGUGUGCUUCCACAACUACAACACAAAGACAGAGGGCCUGGCUCCGGUGCGCAACAAGACCCACGCCGACGAAGACGAGGAGAGGCUUCAGGAUGAAGAUGUGUGGGAUGCCCUGACUGAUAACUACAUGUCCUCAUCCGUUUCCAGCUGGGAUGCCAAUGCAGAAGGAAGCAAUGGGAACCUCUCAGAUCAGGAGAUUCAUGAAAAGGAGGAGGAGGAGAUGAACGAGAAGAAUGAGAACGCCAACUGUCUGCCUAUCUCUGACGAACCACUCAUCACCGCUGAUCAGGUCAUUGAAGAGAUCGUUGAGAUGAUGGAGAACUCUCCAGACCCCGGCGAGACGGAGGAAGAGGAGGAGGAGGAGGAGGAGAGUGUCGCCACCACACCCAAGCCCAGCCCCUCCCUUCUGGAGGAGAUCUGCACGCUGUCCAACAACAACAACUGCUCUUAUGAAGGCCUGAGUCUGAUGCCCAGCUCGGCACUGCUGGAGCUGCUGUGUCGGGUGGAGGCGGCCAUCCGGGAGUACUCGGAGGAGCUGGUGCAGCAGCUGGCCCGCCGCGACGAGCUGGAGUUCGAGAAAGAGGUGAAGAACACCUUCAUCACGGCCCUGAUGGAGGUGCAGAACCGGCAGAAGGAGCAGCGCGACGUCAGCAAGCGGAAACGCCGCGACAAGGGCCUCAGCCUGCAGAGCAACGCCCGCACCGAGAAGACCACCGGCAUGCCUGUCAAGCGUUUCAGUAUGGAGGGGCUCUCCAAUAUCCUGCAGACGGGCAUUCGACAGACAUUUGGAAACUCAGGGACAGACAAACAGUAUCUUAACACAGUCAUUCCCUUCGAGAAGAAAACAACCCUUCCAUCUGUGGAGGACUUGCAGAUGCUAACGAAAAUUCUCUAUGCCAUGAAGGAAGACAGUGAAAAGGUUCCCGUCCUGCUUACUGACUACAUUUUAAAAGUGUUGUGUCCCACUUAAAGUCACCUGUGGACCACUCAGCCAGGAGAUGUGGGGAGGGGCGUACCAAACCUGCCAGACCACCCAUCUCCCAGCCCGACCCGACCACUCCCCCCCCCCCCC